GUGGCUUCCCACCCUGGCCCCGCCCCCUUCGAAUCCUGCAACAUUGUAGCCGCUCACGCGGAGGCUCCCGGCUUCCCCCCUCCCUCGAUCCCUGGCACCCCCCUCUAGGAUCCAGGGUGCCCUUCCAUGGCCAACCUGUUUGAAGAACGCAGGAAAAAAGGCUUUCUGGGAGCAGACUGAGGGCAGGAUCCAUGCUGGGCCCGGUCGUGGUUCACCCUGAAGCCCCGGACGGAGGCUGGGGGUGGAUUAUCGUCCUCUCGGCCUUCCUCCAAUCCGCGUUGGUCUUUGGCGUGAUCCGUUCCUUCGGCGUCUUCUUUGUGGAGUUCGUGACGUACUUUGACGAGCUGUCCGGGCGGAUCUCCUGGAUCACCUCAAUUGGGAUCGCAGUGCAACAGUUUGCGAGUCCGGUGGGCAGCGCUUUGAGCUCUCGCUAUGGGGCCCGCCCUGUCGUCAUGGCCGGUGGGUUUUUCUCGGGCCUGGGCUUCCUGCUGGCCUCCUUUGCCACCUGCCUGGCUCACCUGUACCUCUGCAUCGGACUCCUCUCAGGUUUCGGCUGGGCCCUGGUCUUCACGCCCUCCCUGGCGUCAGUCGCCCGGUACUUCAAGCGCCGCCGGACACUGGCCACCAGCCUGGCCUUGACGGGCGUGGGCCUCUCGUCCUUCGCCUUCUCGCCGCUCUUCCAGCUCCUGGUGGACACCUACGCCUGGCGAGGGGCCCUCCUCAUCGUGGCGGGCAUGUCCUUCAACCUGGUGGUCUGCGGGGCCCUCAUCCGCCCCAUCACCCUCAAGGAAGACCUGCCCGGUCCGGCGGGCCGCGGCGCGAGAGGGACGUGCUGGGCGCGGUUCUCCUCCCUCUUUGGCCUCCACCUCCUGGGCCACUUCGCCUUCAUGAGGUUCGUCUUGGCCGUCACCCUGGUCAACACGGGCUACUUUGUCCCCUACGUCCACCUGGUGGCCCGUGCCAGGGAGCUGGGCUUCGACGAGUACCAGGCAGCCUUCCUCAUGUCGCUGGCGGCGGCGGCCGACCUGUGCGGCCGCCUCUUCUCGGGCUGGCUGGCCAACUGCCGCGGCUGCCGCCUGGCCCGCAUCCUGGUGGCCUGGACCUUCCUGACCGGCGUGGCCUUGGUGGCCGUCCCGUGGGGCCGCGACUACCCGCUGCUGGUGGCCAUUAGCCUCUGCUACGGGUUCUGCUCGGGGGCGCUGACGCCUGUCGUCUUCUCCAUUAUCCCAGAGAUCGUGGGCAUCGCCAACAUCUUCAGCUCCAUGGGGCUGUUGCAGAUGAUCGAGAGCAUCGGAGGGUUGCUGGGGGCGCCCCUUUCCGGUUGGCUGAGGGACGCAACGGGUGACUACGUUGCUUCUUUCUUAGCGGCCGGGUCGUUCAUGUUCGCCGGAAGCCUUGUCCUGAUGACUCUGCCCAACUUCUCCAGCUGCCUUGCCCCACCGUCUGUGCCAGAACCCAGUGCCAAGAUGGAAGCUGGCGAGGGCACCCUCUUGGCAUCAGCAACUGCUCCCGUGGGGGUCCUCUCUCCCCACGACUGCCACCCCUACAAGGUCAUGCCUGAGACAGAGGAACCGCUCACCAAGAGCUGAUCACCCAAGGGCAGCCUUUCCUGGCCAGGUGUUGCUAGACUACAAUGCCCAUCAUCCUUGGCUGUUGGCUAAGCUGGCUGUGGAUGGUGGGAGUUGUAGUCCAACAUCUGUGCGGUGGGCAAAGGUUAAAGAACAAGAAUGGGGAACCUGAGGCCCUCCAUGCAUUGCUAGACUACAGCGCCCAUCAUCCCUGGCUGUUAACUGUGGAUGAUGGGCGUUGUAGUCCAACAAUAUCCAGAGGAGCACAUUGGCUACUCCAGGACUAGAGAGAAUAACCUUGUUGGGACCAGCGUGGGGUGAGAAGGUUUGGGUGGCAUCUUCCAACCAUGCAUUUAAAGCAAAAAGUAAUAAUCCUGGGAGCUGUAGUUUGUUAAGGGCACUGGGAACUGUAGUUCCGCGUGGUGUGCAGAUGCGUCCUUGAAGAGGAGCUGGUUUUCUUGUUGUGGAAGCUGGUAUUUCCCUUGCCUGUGCCUUAACUAACGCACCACCGUUCCUCUGAGCCGCCCGCAGAGGUUGGACCAGGUGCGUGAAAACAGACUCGCUCCAGCAACCGAACGUGGAGGCGAACUUUGGACCGCUGGUUUCCCCAGAGGAAUGCCUUCUGUAAACUUUUACGAGGCUCCUCUCUCAAUGCCCAUGCAAGCGACUCAGUACCCCCCAGAAAAGACCCUUGUAGCAUUUGGGCAUUCCAGGACACUCAUGGGGAGGGACUUCAGUAAUCAUAACCCGGUCAACCCACAGACCUCUCAAAUAGUAAACUCUGACCCCUUAACGCCCUCUGUUUGGCUAGCAGAGCCGCCGUCUCUCGUAGCAUCCGCCCCUCUCCCUUCACGCAAUCGUCAAUUUUGCAACUUUCCGCAAGGGAGGACGGAUCAGAGCGUCCAUUGUAAACUCUGAAAUGUGACUCCUUCCCCACCCCGUUCAAUUUAGGAUUAAAAACGUGACGUUUUGAUGGAA